GAAUAAGUUGGUCAAGGACAUGGGUUUCACUCCAGGUAGCUCGAGGUCUCCACUACAAGGCCACAACUCUCCCUGUGACUCUGGGCCACAUCCUGCAAACAGCAGCUGUUAGUCAUAAGCUUACAUUGAUGCAGUUAGAAGAAACAAAUAUCCGGAAGACAGACCUCCUGAGAGUGACGACCCCUGUGGUUGCUGUGACUGUAUGAAGGCACAGAAGGAAAAGAAGUCUGAGAAUGAGCGAAACCAGACCCGGCAGGGUGAGGGCAGCGCCACUUAUACUGAGGAACAGCUGCUUGGAGUGCAAAGGAUCAAGAAGUGCAGAAGUUACUAUGAAAUUCUAGGAGUUGCCCGAAAUGCCAGUGAUGAGGAACUUAAGAAAGCUUACAGAAAACUGGCCCUGAAAUUUCACCCUGAUAAGAACUGUGCUCCGGGAGCAACAGAUGCUUUUAAAGCAAUAGGAAAUGCUUUUGCCGUCCUGAGCAAUCCUGACAAGAGACUCCGCUAUGAUGAAUACGGAGAUGAACAGGUUACUGUCACCGCACCUCGAGCCAGACCUUAUAAUUAUUACAGGGACUUUGAAGCUGACAUCACACCAGAAGAGCUAUUCAAUGUCUUCUUUGGGGGACAUUUUCCUACAGGAAAUAUUCAUAUGUUCUCAAAUGUGACCGAUGACUUUCAAUAUUACCGCCGGCGGCACCGACACGAGAGGACACAGACACGGAAGGAAGAGGAAGAAGAUAAAGCUCAGACUACAUAUUCUGCAUUUAUUCAGUUACUUCCGGUUCUUGUGAUCGUAGUCAUAUCUGUUGUUACUCAACUGCUGGCUGCUAAUCCUCCAUAUAGCCUAUUCUAUAAAUCGACAUUGGGCUACACUAUUUCUAGGGAAACCCAGAACCUGCAGGUGCCUUACUUCGUGGAUAAAAACUUCGACAAGGCCUACAGAGGAGCUUCUCUUCGUGACCUAGAGAAGAUAAUAGAGAAGGAUUACAUUGAUUACAUCCAGACAAGUUGUUGGAAGGAGAAACAGCAGAAGUCGGAGUUGACAAACCUAGCAGGAUUAUACCGAGAUGAGCGAUUGAAGCAGAAAGCAGAAUCACUAAAACUUGAAAACUGUGAAAAACUUUCCAAACUAAUUGGCCUCCGCAGAAGUGGCUGAGAGGAAGAUGAGUCCCACACAGUGUUGGGUUUUGUUACUUAUUACUAUUUAUGUUCCUAAUUCCAUUUUAUAUUACAAAAUUAGGACCUGAUGAACAUUUUCCUAUUUGCUAAAGUUUGCUGGGCAGUGUUGCAGACAAUUGAGCAUGGAGCCAGACAGUCACCAGAGCAACCUUCCAUGGGCAGGUAGGCCUUGCGGGUUACAUGAAUGGCAGAGUAUUUCUCCCAGCCCCUGCUCCAUGCCUAUCUAGUCUUUAUGAAUGCAAUUCAGGGCAGCAGAGUGCAUACAAAUUUUCUUUUCCUAUGACUGGCCUAAUUACAGAAAAGCUGCCUAUUUUCAGCCUAGUGUGGUGACAUGCUCCUAUAAGCUUAGCAUUCAGGAGGCUGAGGCAGAAAAGACCAAGAAUUUGAGGCCAUCCUGGGAUUCUACAUAGUGAGUUUAAAGCCAGCCCAAACUAUAUAGUGAGACUGUCAAAAAAGAAAAAGUCUAUUUGGGAUUUAGAAAGGAUGGAUUUUCUUCCUUCUUCCCUUCUUCAGUGAAGCCUCAAUGUACAGGCAUCCCUGGGCUUAGCCAAAGCAGCUUCAUGUUAUUUACAACAUCUGCCAAGCAUUAGACUUCUUUUUCUUUAGCGUCAUCAGCACUCCAAGGAAUCAGCCUUUGAACUUUUUCCUACUCAACUUUCCAUUUUCUAAGGGGAAUUUGGGGAAACUAAAGAGGUUUAGCCCAUCAUUUUCUAUUUUAUCCCAACCUCUGUUCAGUCAAGGAAUAUUAGCAAACUGCCUGAUUUGAGGUUCUUUUCUUUCUUUCUUUUUUUUUUUUUUUGGUGGAACCGGGAUUGAACUCAGGCCCU